AUGAAUAUCAACAAGAGAAAGAAUAAAGAAGAUGAAAAGUCAGAUUUUUUUGAUACCACAAACAAAGUCAUAGGCAUCGUUGGAGCAGUCGUAGGUCUACUAUGGUUGAACGGAUCCGGCUCGAAAAAGGAAGAGAAGAUGAUGAAGGCACCUCGAAAGGAUGGCUACAUUGUCAGGAGAGAGUGUGAAAACAGCCCAAAAGAUUACUUCAAGGAUUUGCGUGGUAAGAAAAAACGAAAAAAGAAUAUUUCUGAAUAUGUAUGCGGAAUAAAUUUGUUGCAUGUGACAAAUAUG